CUUCAGUAGAAUUGAGAGUGAGUGUAAACUACACUGUUGAGGAGACAUUUACAAAAAAUAUGAAACCCACUUAAAGGAUACGAGCGGUCCUGUUUUGGAGCUUUGUCGGCAUGCACAGAGUAUGAUGAUGAUGAUCGAGAACUGUAUGUGGUGUACCACGUCACUGGAUGUGGAGGGAGGGGAAGCCAUCAGAACCUUGUUGAGGCGCUACGGUUCAGAGAAGCUGUCGAAGCAUGAGAUGGAUUCUCUAAAUGAAGAUCUCAGCUGCUGUAUGGAUUGUGUGGUGGAGUAUCACCGAGCGAGAGACGGUGUCACUGAACUGCACAAGGUUUUGUGGGAACUGGAGAAAGCUCGACUCCUGCAUGUGUUGGGAUCCAUGUUGGACCAGGAGCUGGGGGAGGAUGAUGACAUCUUAAUCAUCGAGGACGAUCACGAAGAACCCGUGUCAAAGAUCUCGCCUACAGAAUUCCUCAACAGUCUUCGCUUCCCAUUGUUCGAAGUUCUGAAAUAUCCGUACCUGCUCUGCCACCCUGAGCUGUGUGCUAUGGCGGUAAAGGCCUUGUGUGUGCUGCAGGACAUGAAACAGUCUUUGAAUGUGUUUGAGAAGUAUCAAGGAACAUACCUGCUUCUUGUUCAUCCUGAUGAAAAGGUGCGACGCUGGGCGAUCGACGCAGCGAAGACUAUGAAGAGUGUGGACCGGGACGCCUACUAUGACCUACAAGAAAUCUUCUCUUGCAUGCUUUAUGUCAUUGAGCUUGGAUUUUAUCAGGAUGUUCCCGAUUUGGAUCCGGAUUCCUAUGCCAGGGGCACCAUCGAGAGACUGCCCUCUCACCUCUAUGAUGCACACAAUAAGAAGAACUACUGGCUAGGCAUCUGUAUGUUACUAACACAGCUCAGCGCUGAAACAAUGGACUCUCUGUUCAUGGGGCAGUUCAAUAUCCCUCUCUGCAUACUCAACACCAUGGACGGGUUAAAAAAUGAGGAUGAUUUUGCUUCUGACCCAUUCUGGCCAGCCCUUCAGUGUUUUAUGGUUAUUCUGGACCGACUUGGUUCUAAGAUCUGGUGUCAGGUCGACCCUAUCGUGGCUUUUCAGACCAUAACUGGAGCAGCCAGCUACACUGCAGAAAUAAGAAACAUCCAGCAAAAAACCAUGGGGGGGAAGGUUAAGGUAGAGCCAGAAUUUGACGACAACAUGGUGACCUGCAGUCAAAUGGUGUAUGACUGUUAUGCUUCAGAAAAAACAAGCAAAACGACCAGUACAUCGUCCAGUGGUGGUAUUUGCAACAACAUGAUCUAUGAAGAUAUGCAGUCCCUGGUCAACGUACUUGAUUCAGAAAUGGGCCAGAGCAUGCGCGUCUAUGGCAGCACAUUUCUGUGGUUCAUUCCUUUUGUACGUUCCAUAAUGGACCUUCCGGAGUUCAAUGCUUCCUACAUCAGACAGGUCAUUCACUACCUGUGUGAUAAGAUAAACGUCAGUCGACACAUGCUGAACGGACAGACUAACAUGUGUGAUAAAGUGACCGAGUUUUUCACCCGCAUCCUCAUUCAGAUUGUCGAGCUACAUUUAAAUGAAGGACGAAUGGGCAAACUUUCGCGCUGUGCCCACAUAUGGGUGGAAGUGAUUGUCAUGUGUACCGUCCUGUCUGAUGAGUUAUUCAAUUCUAGACCACCAGACUGGAUGGGUGGGAUUCACAGAGUCAGUUCAACCUCGAACACUCUCGGUUACAGACUACCUGCACCUGACAGCGGUGUUUGUCCCAUUAUUCAGGGCUGCAACACUUUGAUUCGGAGUCUGCUGAAAGAAGGGAAGCGAACUGGAUCUGACCAACGUUCUACCAGAUAUUUGAAUUAGCUGAACAAGCAGCUGCGUGGAGAUCUGAACAAACGGUGGAAGCUAACAAGUUCUGAAUCUGCUGAGCUUCAACGAUGUUUAGAAAGCAUCGUCAAGUCAAUGCCAGAAAGACCUGCUUCGCCACCUUCUGCCCUGUCUACACCAUCCAUAGAGGCAGCUCCAAAUGGUAAUCUUUUUAAAACUACGACCUUGCAUGCACUGCAACAUGAAGACCAAGAGGCAGGUCCAAGCAGAGCAGGAGAAGCGCCCACUUUCAUCAAAGAAGAGCCACUUUGGGAUUGCAUCUCUGAUGAUGAUUUCUUCAGUAGUCUUGAGGACAUCAUGGAGGCUAAGAAGGAACCUUCUGAGCCAGUGAUGAUUUCAGAACGGCAGAGACCUCCUGUUGGGUUAGCACACAUUAAACCAGACCUGGAAAAACUGCAGGAACUUCGAUCCAGGCUGAUUGAUAACCAGAAUUUAACAAAGAUUGAAGCUAUAGCCCAAAGAAUGCCUUGUAAACCUGAGGUUGGGGGAGACAGUCUUGGCCAUGAAGAGCUACCCGUGACAUCAAAACAAGUUCAAAUGGCAGCAGCUAAAGAAGAAUGUGGUUUUGGAGAUGAGAUAGAGGAAGAUGAUGAUGAACCUCUUGAUAUCAGACUGGUCCGCUUGAUGAAAUCCCAAAGAAAUGUUGGAAAAAAGCAUGCCAUUGGCACCUCAAAAGAAAAUUUUGGUACCAUAAUUAUCUCUGACGAUGAAAUUUCUGAAAGUGGUGAAAGGCCAACAAAUGAGAUUGUGAUGUCCUGUGAUGAGAAUAAGUUUCCAGUGUCACCCGAGAGUCCAGGCCGUGACUAUGAUGAUCUCAGUGAAUCACAAGUGUUUGAGUUUGAGACCCAGCAAUAUGUGACAUCCGCUUGGGAGGAUUCAGAUUUUGACACAUCGGUCGUGACUAGGAAGUUUAAGUUCGACUCUGCUCUCAAACCACAGGUGACUCCUGUUCCUGAUGAAGGUUCUCCCUCGUGGUGUUCAGAGACUGAAGCGGUUCCUGAUGAGCACAUUGAAAGGGCCUGUCAGCAAGCAGAAGAGAAGAUCGGACAACAAAAGCAGAACGAAGAAAAAAUCAGACAACAGCAGCAAACCGAAGAAAAGAUCAGACAACAAAUGCAAAAGGAAGAAAAGAUCAGACAACAAAUGCAAAGGGCAGAAAAGAAAAGACAACAGCAGGAAGCAGAAGAGAAGAUCAGGCAACAGCAGCAGCCACAAGAGCCAACGGUUUCAUGUGCAUCUUCCUCAUCCAAAUUGAACAGUCCUGUAGAGUUCAAUGAUAAAUUCAUCAAACAAACUACUCUGCCAGUCAAAAACCAGAAAACUCUACCAUCCGAAAAGAGAGACACUGUGCAGUCCAAGAAACCUUUAAUAAUUGAGGCCCUGGCUCAAAAAAUCAGGCGCCAUCACUGGAAACGCACCCUGAGUUCUCAAGAUGAUGAAGAACCACCUUUAACUUCUGCAUCCUCAUAGGAGUUGCCUGCUCCAUCCACAUCCUCCAGCUCUAUUUCCUCGGCUUGUUUUUUAUCCUCCACCUCACGUGGCAUUCCUGCUGUCGUUCCACCAAAGAAGGUUCGUAAAGCCGUCGAACCGGAAUCAACAGUGGAACGUCUGGGAUUGAAAAAAAGGGAAAGGAAGGCCUUUGAACUUUCUCAGCGGUCCCUGGACAGUGUUGCUAAACUGCGGGGGCAUGGCCAGAAAGUGCAGGUCGAACAGCAACAGAUAAGGCGGCGAGUGAGUGCCACUAAGACCUCCCCACAGAAACGUAUGGGGAAAGGCAACAAGAAACUCCUGGCAUCUCAAGAUAUGCAGUUUUUCCGGCAAAGCCGUGAUAAGCGUCAAAGGCCAGCAGUGGUGUCCCCCACAACGCCAGCUCCCAAACCAACCACGAGUACCCAACCAGGGGGCAUGCACCCACUGAAACCUAUGAUUGGAGAAAAAGAUUUUGCCUUUCAUUAUUCUGCUGACGGUCAGGAUCUGGCCGAGGGCAGGGAAGUAAGUACUGCAACGGAAAUUAAAACAAACCAUACCAAAGAAAACUGUGACGCUACAUCUGCUGUGGCUGAACAUAACAGGACAGAGUCUGAGUACUUAAGAAGCGGUGAGUUUGCUGAUGCUGCUGUCAACAAAAAAGUGAAAAAAGAUGCUGAGGAUGCAAAAGAGGAGGCGGAUGAUGAAUGGAUGUUCCUCACCCAAAUGGAACCCACAGACAUGGAGCUAUGCUCUCAAAUGGAGCAAUACGAAGAAAAUGAUGAGAGAUUUUUCCUUAAACGGAGAGAUCCUGUAGACAUGGACCUGGACAUGGAUGAUGAAGUCAACGAGUCCGAUACCACAGGGCAACCAGUGUCUGCACAUAAACCUUCACAUCCUAUGCAAACUCCUGCACAUAAACCUUCACAUCCUAUGCAAAAUCCUAACACUUCUAAACGUAUUGAUUCAAGUGAUGAUAAUUUGUUCUUGAAGCCUGGGAUGUCCCCCAUGUCUCAGAAAAAAGCCAAGCCUUCCACCACGAAAAUAUACACCCCCAGCUCACGAAGUGCCUCCCUAGUCCAGGAAAUGGAAAAAGGAGAUAAGCCACCUCCUGUGUGUAAUACUUCUAAAGCUAAAGUAGCUCGUCCGCCUCCAGCCAUGCCACCCCCCAAAACAACUCCUCCUCCUGUCCCUUCUACACAGUUUGCACAUCCAAUGCCUUUUAGGCCAAUUGCUCGACCACAGAGUCAUGCCCCUAAAUCAAUCACCAGUACCAAAAUAAGCUCUACAUCUGAACCGCCAUCAUACAAAACAUACCCGAGACCUGAAGCUCCAGUUCACAGACCAGCGCACACAAUGGAUCAUAGCCCAAACUUUGACAUUUCGUUCCUGACCCAAGCUAUUCUCAAAUGGGAAUAUCGGAUGCUUGAGAACUACAAAAUAUUUGGCAGUCCAGAUGACCUGUGCCAGCAUCCACUGAAGGAGGUGCCAGUUAAAUUCACUAGCUACCUAGAGUACUUCAACACUAUGUACCCUCUGCUGCUGGUAAAUGCAUUUGAAGAGAUGGCUAAAGAGUGGCAGAAGAAGGGAAGAAUUACACUGUUUGCAAAGGUCCAGGGUAUGGAGUACAGCAAUCAUAUAGCCAGCACCAACUUCAUAGCUGGCCUUAACCUGAAUGAAGAAAUGAAACAGCUGUAUCCCAAAGAAGAUGACCUCGUACUGCUUUGGCUGCCUGAGAACACUGGGGCGUACACACACGACGAUCACGAUAUCCUAGGACAUGCUCAUUUCGGUUAUGUGUCCCGGUCCAACGUUUCCAACAGAGGUCCAGGUACCAUCUCAACCCUAAACAUGACUGUCCAGACUCGUGGUAAUGUAUCAUCAGUGAACGCCCAGCCUGUUCGCUGUGAAGUCAUUGGAUCGUUGGUCAGUGCGUUUCGGGAGUUCCGUGCACUGUGUCUACUGCGUAACGGAACCAUGUUGCGUCCACUUCUCACUUCACAUGUGUCAUACUUCACACACAGUCGGGAUAUCCAGCAGAAGAUGGAUACGCCAGAGUACAACGUCGAUCAGUCCAGAGUAAUAGCCUGUGGUCUUGCCAUGAUUAAAAGAACACAGAAGACACCCAAAUUUUUACUGAUUCAUGGCCCUCCAGGAACUGGGAAGAGUAAAACCAUUGGCGGUCUGCUGUACAAACUACUCUCUUCGGUUGGUAACGGAGCUGCUCCAGUGGGGAGUCUUUCCUCCAAGGCUCGGAGGACACGCAUUCUUCUCUGUGCUCCCUCUAAUGCUGCCAUCGACAGUCUGAUGAAGAAGGUCAUUGUGGUGUUUAAAGAGAAAUGCCGUAACAUCAACAUUCCACAAGGUAAUUGUGGUGACAUCAAUUUGGUGAGGUUGGGAAGUGAAAGGACCAUCUCAAAGUCACUCAAACCCUUCAGCCUCGACCACCAGACCAGAGCUAGAGCACAGCGAGCCCAGCAGACUGUUGAAGCUGAUAUACAGACACAAAAGGAACAACUGGACCACAGAAUUGAUAUUCUGUCUCGGCGCUGUGCAAAAGUCCAGAAAGAUUCUACAGAGUUCAACAUACUAACUAAAGAGAAGCUGCAGCUUCUAACAGAGAGGGAAGGUCUUAGUCGAAAGAUUAAAGAGUGUCGCAGUAAGCGGCAGGAGUCUCAGGCUCUCGUCCUUCAGAACGCUCAUGUGAUCUGCUGUACGCUCAGCACCAGUGGGAGCAUCAUCCUGGAGAAUGCCUUCCGUCGUCUCGGACACGAGCCCUUCAGCUGCGUCAUCAUUGAUGAGGCUAGUCAGGCUAAAGAAACGGAGACGCUGAUUCCCAUGCUGUAUCGGUGUCCUGCUGUAAUCCUUGUUGGUGAUCCCAACCAGCUUCCUCCAACCGUCGUCUCGCUGAAAGCCAAGGAGUUGGGCUAUGACCAGUCUCUUAUGGCGAGGUUAUAUAAAAGCCUCCAUCAGUCGAAUCCACAACCAUCUCCCGUCUUCCUCCUCAGCAUGCAGUAUCGCAUGCAUCCCGACAUAUGCGAGUUUCCCUCCAAAUACAUCUACAACAACACGCUUAAGAAUGACUGUGAGACCGCUCAAAAGCGCUGUUCCUUCAGCUGGCCCUUCAAACCCUACAGAGUGUUCGACGUGACUGAUGGGAGAGAGAACAAGGAGAGAGAUUCAUUUUUUAACCUCAAAGAGGUGAAGCUGGUGGUGAUGCUGUUAAAACUGCUAGGGGAAAAGCAGUCUGUCCGUGUGGGCGUCAUAACACACUAUAACGCCCAGAAACAAAAAAUAUUGGAGGCCCUGAGAGAGCCGGGCAGCGAAAACAAGCACCUUCAGGUGGAAGUAGAUACCGUCGAUGGCUUUCAGGGUCGAGAAAUGGACUGCAUUAUUGUGUCUUGUGUAAGAGCCAGCAGUGAAAUGGGUUCCAUUGGAUUUGUUGGUAAUCGCCAAAGGAUGAACGUAACCAUUACCAGAGCCAAGUUUAGUCUCUUCGUACUGGGACAUCUACGCACACUCAGGGAGCAAAGCGAUUGGGGAGCGUUGAUCGAAGACGCCGGAAGACGUGGGACUGUUAUCAAGACACGCGAGCGAGAUUUCCGUAAUGACGCCAAGAAGAUUCUUAAACGGGAAACGCCGUCUCGCAGUCUCUCUCAUCCUCCUGUUAACAGGCCUAGCACUGUGACCACACCUGCCUAUCGCACUCUCAUGGAAACUGGUUCUACCUCCACUUCACGACCCCACCUGAGCAGCGUUGCUUCACGGCAGCAGCCAGUUCCAAAGCCAAUACCUCUGGACUGCCCUAGAGACCCAGGAAUAACUGAAAGGCCCACAGAUCCCCGCUUUGCAGAGUGGCGGCCAGAACAGAGGCAGGACACGGAGAGGAGAAGCUCAUCUGUGUCACGCCAGUCGGCACAGAGAGACCGUUCAAAUGAUGCAGACUAUAGAAAUACCGGCCACUCUAACACAUACCCUUCGCAGCAUCAUCGCUCUUCAUCGCAAAGGAGAUAAUUCAUCACUGUUUUUAUUUAUUGUUUAUAUUUGAAAGAAAUGCAAGAAGACUUCUGCAUCUUUCUCAUGUUUCGAGUGCCAGCUUUGCACCACGAAUGUGUUUAACAUCUCUUUCUCAGGCAGAAGUUUAUUAAUUAAUUUGCCAAAUCUGUUGGAUGACAGCAUUUGCCUCUUUAGUAAUGGAAGUGUCUUCAUCAAAUUUGCUGCUAAAAGCAUGACGUAGUUAUUCUGUUAUCUUCAUGAAAAUGAGGUUUUCUUUUGUUAUGAACAUGUUUUGCUUCUUUCAAAAACAAUGUAUAAUUGCACUUUUCUAAGCCGUGGAACCCGGUCAGAAAUAACCAGUCUUUGGGGUUUGAGUUUUUCUACUACUUGUAUGUCACAUAUUUGAAUGUAAGAUUAAAGGUGUUUGCAGGUGAAGAUUUUCCAUGUGUAUAUACAUUUUGUGUGUUUUGAAUAUGGUUUGUUUUAUAUUGAAUUUUUAGACUUUAAAGAUAAGGCAAGUAAACCUUUUCUGUUAAAGCUGGAUUAUUUUUUUUAUAAGGGUCCACGUUAUUUUCUUCUGGAUUGUUAAAGACUGAGACAUGUAUCCCUAAACUUUUUGAAUUCAAAUAUAAAAAACUCGUCACGUCUGGUUGAAGUUAAGUUUGAGAUGGUUAAAUUGAAGGAUAUAUUGCCACAUUUGUUGUGGGGUUUUCGUAUAUUUCUGAUCGUUUUACAAGUGUAAGAAGAACCAUUUUUUUAUACUGAUGUACUUUGCACGUAUGCAUCUUUUAUAGAGCUGUGCAGGUUGUGAAAUAAAAUAACUUUUUUAUUAGUC